AGGAAGAUGUCAGCCCAGUCCCUUCCUGCAGCAACACCGCCUACCCAGAAGCCCCCUCGGAUCAUCCGCCCUCGACCCCCUUCUCGGCCCCGGGCUGCCCAAUCCCCAGGGCCUCCCCACAACGGCUCCUUUUCACAAGAACUUCCCCGCAUCUCCAGUGAUGCACCAACCCCAAUGUGCACCUCCAUCUUCUGGGAGCCCCCAGCCGCAUCCCUCAAGCCCCCUGCCCUUCUGCCCCCCUCAGUUUCUAGAGCCAGCCUCGAUGCCCAGCAUUCCCCAGACUCACCUUCUAGGUCCCCCAGUCCAGUGUCCCAGCACUCUGUCUCCCCAGAACCUGCUCCCCGGUCUCCAGUCCCCCCACCCAAGCCCUCCGGGUCACCCCACACGCCUCUGCCCCUGCUCCCCGUGGCCGGAGUCCUGGCCCAGGAUGGCUCUGCCUCAGCCCCUGGCACUGUGCGGAGAUUAGCUGGCAGGUUUGAAUGGGGGGCUGAAGGCAGGGCCCAGGCUGCAGACGCCCCGGAGCCAAGUCCGCAAGGGGGAGCAGAUGUGAACGGAGAGAGAGAGGCUCCCCCGGGCACCCUCCCUGGGAGUGGAUCCCAGGAGAACGGUGCCCUGGAUGCUGCUCUGGCCUGCCCUCCCUGCUGCCCCUGUGUGUGCCACGUAGCCCGGCCUGGCCUGGAGCUCCGAUGGGUGCCUGUGGGGGGCUAUGAGGAUGGCCCCAGGGCCCCCUCCAGGGCCUCCCCACUGCGGGCCUCCCGCUCCCGCCCCAACCCUCCAAGCGUGGGUCACACCCCAGUGGUCCUGACGUCCUACCGCUCCACUGCAGAGCGCAAACUCCUGCCGCCCCUCAAACCCCCCAAACCCACUCGGGUCAGGCAGGACGCCACCGUUCCUGGGGACCCCCCACAGCCAGAUCUCGAUCUGCCUUCCGAAGAUGGAAUCCAAACAGGGGACAGUCCUGAUGAAGUUCCUCCCGAGGCUCCUCCAGGAACCGUGGAGGGAAGGGACGAGGAGGUGUUGGAGGGGCUAAAGGAGCAGAACUGGGAGCUGCCCCUGCAGGAUGAACCUCUGUACCAGACCUACCGAGCAGCUGUGCUGUCAGAGGAGCUGUGGGGAGUUGGCGAGGAUGGGGGGCCCUCUCCAGCAAUUCAUGGAGAAGCUCCCACCUUUGUACGGCCCCCUGGACCUCGCAACACCCUGUGGCAGGAGCUUCCGGCUGUGCGAGCCAGUGGCCUCCUGGACACCCUCAGCCCCCAGGAGAGGCGUAUGCAGGAGAGCCUGUUUGAGGUGGUGACGUCUGAGGCCUCCUACCUGCGCUCCUUGCGGCUGCUGACUGACACCUUUGUGCUGAGCCAGGCACUCCGGGACACGCUCACCCCCCGGGAUCAUCACACGCUCUUCUCCAAUGUGCAGCGAGUCCAGGGAGUCAGUGAGCGGUUUCUAGGAACGCUACUGUCACGUGUGCGUGCUUCUCCCCACAUCAGCGACCUGUGUGACGUGGUUCAUGCCCAUGCUGUGGGUCCUUUCUCGGUGUAUGUGGAUUAUGUGCGGAACCAACAGUACCAGGAGGAGACCUAUAGCCGCCUAAUGGACACGAACAUGCGCUUCUCCGCGGAGCUGCGCCGGCUGCAGAGCCUCCCCAAGUGUGAGCGGCUCCCCCUGCCAUCCUUCCUGCUGCUGCCAUUUCAGCGCAUCACCCGGCUCCGCAUGCUGCUGCAGAAUAUCCUGCGCCAGACAGAAGAGGGGUCCAGCCGCCAGGAGAAUGCCCAGAAGGCCCUGGGUGCUGUCAGCAAGAUCAUUGAGCGUUGUAGCGCCGAGGUGGGGCGCAUGAAGCAGACUGAAGAGCUGAUCCGACUCACCCAAAGGCUGCGCUUCCACAAAGUCAAGGCCCUGCCCCUGGUCUCCUGGUCACGGCGCCUGGAGUUGCAGGGGGAGCUGAUUGAGUUAGGGUGCCGGAGGGGAGGCAUGCUCUUCACCUCACGUCCCCGCUUCACCCCCCUUUGCCUGCUGCUCUUUAGUGACCUGCUACUCAUCACUCAGCCCAAGAGUGGGCAGCGGCUACAGGUUCUGGACUAUGCUCAUCGUUCCCUGGUCCAGGCUCAGCAGGUUCCAGACCCGUCUGGACCCCCUACUUUCCGCCUCUCUCUUCUCAGCAAUCACCAGGGCCGCCCCACCCAUCGGCUACUCCAAGCUUCGUCCCUAUCAGACAUGCAGCGUUGGCUGGGAGCCUUCCCUACCCCCGGCCCCCUUCCCUGCUCCCCGGACACCAUCUAUGAGGACUGUGACUGUUCCCAGGAACUGUGUUCAGAGCCAGCUGCACCUGUCAAGACUGAGGGACGGAGUCUGGAGUCCAGGGCUCCCCCCAAGCACCUGCACAAGAGCCCUGAAGGCUGGCUGAAGGGGCUUCCUGGGGCCUUCCCUGCACAGUUGGUGUGUGAAGUCACCGGGGAACACCAAAGGAGGAAACACCUUCGUCAGCACCAGAGGCUUCUCGAGGCUGUUGGGGCCUCUUCAGGCACCCCUAGUGCCCCCCCACCCUAA